AUAUAUACACACACACACACACACACAAAAUAAAUUAUACAUGUGUCAUAUAUUUAAUAGUAUUUAAUAGAACAUAGCUGGCUACAAUACAAGAUAAAAGCCACGUGUUUUUAUUACGCGCUGCUUUAGAUAACUUGAUAAUAACUUUUCGGGUGUGCGAAAUUAUACGAGUGAGGAAGCACUGUCGGAAAAUGUGCUCAAUAAUGUACUCCGAUCUUUUAUAUCACAACAUACGACAAUCAUGAUAGAUACAUUCCUGAUUGUGUAUACUACUUUUUUAGUCAUCAUUUUCAAACAUAAAUUAUCCUAACAAUUGACAUUGUUUGUCGACUUGCGAUAUCAGUUACAUCAACGGAGCAACAUAAAGUGACUUGCAAAUUUUAAGCCGCUUGAAGCAUCAUCGAUCGUGCCAAAGUUUUAAUUUCGAGACGCAAGCUCAGCACGAAAAUGACUCAUUGAUGCUUUACGUCGCAUAAAUGUUAAAAGUGAUGGAAUGACAUACUCCAAGCAAAGAACAGACAGGUUUUCCCCAUGUCAUCGACGUCGUAGAACUGAUAAACAUUUUUACCAUUUCUUACCGUAUUAUUCGCUAUAAUUCUGACAAAAUAUGACGUAAUAGCAUUCUCAGCCGAUGUCAAUAGUAUGAAGCUACAUACAUGCUCGCUACAAAUCUCUUUGUUAUUGCUUGUUUCCUACGCUGGAUCAAGCCAGAAUCAUUUAAACAGCAAAAACUACAAUGAGAGCAACUGUACCACAAAUUCUCCACUAUGUGACAUACCUGCAUCUUCAAAUAAUUCUUCUUGUCACGAUACACAGGAAGUUAAAAUUACAUUCUCUUCUAGUAUAGUUGAAGAUGAAUAUAUAGUCAAAUUUAGAAAUUACUAUAAAACAGAUGUACGAAAGAACUAUAUAGAAACUGCGUUAAAGUCAUCCGAUAUUAAAGAUUGGAGGAUUAUACCCCGUAAUAACGUGGCAUCCAAGUAUCCUAGUGACUUUGAUGUAAUACGAUUAAAAGCAGCCAAUAAAUAUCAAGGACUGAAAGCUCUGAAUGAUCAUCCAUCUAUAAAGAGCGUAACACCGCAGAGGCUUAUACAAAGGACUUUAAAAUUUAUUAAUGCCACAGGCGAAUCAAAUACCUUAGAAAAUAGAAACUUGAAAAGGAAGAUCAAUAAUCAAAAUACUCAGUUUGAGCAAUCAACAAACCGGCAUGCAUCUCGAAGAUUACUGAGAGUUAUACCAAAACAAAUUACAUACAUGCUCGAAGCUGAUGUCUUAUGGAGAAUGGGCAUUACCGGCAAGGAUGUAAAAGUAGCGAUAUUUGACACUGGACUUGCUGCUACUCAUCCACACUUUAAGAACAUUAAGGAGAGAAUAAAUUGGACAAACGAAAAUACUAAGGAAGAUGGCCUGGGACAUGGAACAUUUGUAGCAGGCGUCAUCGCGUCAUCUUUCAGUGAUUGUUUAGGUCUUGCUCCUGAUGUAGAACUUUAUAUUUUUCGUGUUUUUACGAACUCUCAGGUAUCUUACACCUCGUGGUUCUUGGAUGCAUUUAAUCAUGCUAUACUCCGUGAGGUAACGGUGCUAAAUCUAAGCAUCGGUGGUCCAGACUUUAUGGAUCAACCAUUCGUGGAUAAAGUAUGGGAAGUUACAGCUAAUGGUAUUAUUAUGGUAUCAGCGAUUGGCAACGACGGGCCAUUGUAUGGCACUUUAAAUAAUCCUGCCGAUCAAAUGGACGUGAUUGGUGUGGGAGGCAUUAGUUGGGACGAUUCAAUAGCGAGAUUCUCCUCGCGCGGUAUGACAACUUGGGAGUUGCCAUCCGGAUACGGUAGGGUCAAACCUGACCUGGUCAUAUAUGGAACAACGGUAAUGGGAUCUUCCUUAAAAAAUAAAUGCAGAUCCCUUUCCGGCACUUCCGUUGCUAGUCCCGUUGUUGCCGGUGCGGUUGCACUCUUGGCUAGUGCAUUUGUACAAACAAAUGAAUCUAGUGCUAUGAAGGACAAGGUAACACCAGCUAGCAUGAAACAGGCAUUGCUAAGUUCGGCCCGUCGUUUGCCCGGCAUUGGAAUGUUUGAACAAGGCGCGGGAAAAUUAGAUCUUAUCCGAGCAUUUCACUUUUUACAGUCGUAUACUCCUAUCGUUACGCUUAGUCCAAGCUAUAUAGAUUUGACGGAGUGUCAAUACAUGUGGCCGUACUGUACUCAAGCUGUAUACCAUACCGGUAUGCCCACCAUAGUCAAUGUAACUAUAAUAAACGGUUUGGGUGUAGCUGGAAACGUAGUAAACGUUACCUGGCAUCCAUACAUCACCAAUGGCAACGAUGAGCAACGUAUCGAUGUGGCGAUAACGUACAGCGACGUUCUAUGGCCCUGGUCAGGCUGGUUAGCAGUUGCUAUAACAGUUCCGGCAAAUUCCCGCGACUGGCAGGGCAUCGCGCAAGGUCACAUCACGCUAACAGUUGAGAGUGACGGCGCCGGUAAACCCCGGCAAUCAGUGGUAAAGCUUCCGUUACAGGCAAAAGUCAUACCUACACCUCCUAGACAUAAACGCAUUCUGUGGGAUCAGUAUCAUAAUUUGCGAUAUCCACCCGGAUACUUCCCUCGAGAUGAUUUGCGCGUAAACGACGAUCCACUUGAUUGGAAUGGAGAUCAUAUACACACUAAUUUUAAAGACAUGUAUCAACAUUUACGUAAUGCUGGAUAUUACCUCGAGGUGCUCGGCCAUCCAUUUACCUGUUUCAACGCAAAGAAUUACGGAACCCUGCUUGUCGUGGAUGCAGAAGAGGAAUUUUUCCCCGAAGAGAUAGCCAAGUUGAAGCGAGAUGUUGAAAACGAUGGACUAUCGGUGAUUGUCUUCGCAGACUGGUAUAAUGUCGCAGUUAUGCGAAAGAUCAAAUUUUACGAUGAAAAUACACGUCGGUGGUGGAUACCCGAGACGGGAGGCGCUAAUAUUCCAGCUAUAAACGAUCUACUUUAUUCUAAUUGGGGUGUGGCAUUCGGCGAUCAAGUACGAGACGGUCAGUUCACUCUUGGCCAGCAUGCGCCAGUCACAUUCGCGUCUGGCACUACAUUAAUUAGAUUUCCAAAGGAUGGAUUCAUUUUAUAUGCGGAAUUGCACGACCAAGGUCAAGAGCUUCUAGAAAAGGAGAAAGGAACAGCCACACUUGUACCGAUUCUUGGACUUUUGCCGGUGACUAAUAAGAAAGAUGUCGGAGAAUCCUAUAAAGGUGAAAUUAAUAACGAAAUCCCGCAAACGGAAAAGAAUAAUGUUAAAGAGCAAGCGGGAACUACACCUGGUAGACUGGUGGUUUAUGGAGACUCAAAUUGUAUCGAUGACAGUCAUUUGCAGAAACCUUGUUUCUGGAUGCUUGAUGCUAUCUUGGAGUACACGACAACUGGUUAUAUACCCACUGUUUUUACGGACGAAAGUAAAAAGACUCAAAGAACGAUUAAAACAACCAGUGACAUGAAGAUUGGAGAACUACCACGUCGAAUGGACGGCAAUUAUUUUAGUACUCAUAGUAAAGUGUCGAUGACUGAUGGCCCAGCACUCAGUUUUAGACCGCUCCCGCUUUGUCCCACUGCUGUCUACGCUGUACCAAUGACAGUCAACGAGUCUGUGCCAAUAGACCUUUAUAAACCGCAAAAGCUAUCCUCCAUAAAGGAUAUUAUGAGCGCGGUAAAUCCAGUAUUGCAGGAUACAGACACUUUGUGGCUCAAGAGACGAGUCGGUGGUGCUAGUAUCCCUACGUUGCAGGAUCAUCACAUUGACAUUACGGCUUACGAUAUGAAAGAAAAUCAGAGCGACAACCAAAUGAUCCAGUAUCGAUGGAGUUACAUAAUAGUAACAAUGAUCAUAGUGGUAGUUAUUGUGUAUCUGUUGAAUCAGUGGAAAUGUUUGGUGUCGAAGAGGCAUUCUCGCAGGAAACGUACUAUCGGCAGGAUACGUAGAGCUAUUCAAGCUAUCGCUAUACGUAGGAUACCCACAUAGAUGUAUUUCCGUCAUUUUUAUAAGAAUCGUCACUGUAUUGUACAUAAAAAGCACUUAAUUAUCUAAUUAACUAAUUAUCUAAAUAUCAAGUAAUGUGUGCAUAUUAGAUUACGUCAUGUGCCUUGAAAAACGUAUAUAAUGUCCAAUAUGAGUAUUCGUAGAUAAUAUAUAGUAUUUUCAUAAUUAUCGCAUACUAUUUAUUAAUUUUAUUUUUCUCAUUCUAAUGACGUCACAAAAAUAACUAAAAUUAAACAGUGUAUACCUUCUUUGCCUCCAUAUAUUAAUAUUUCUAAAGAAGCUGUGCGACGUACGAUCACCAAUUGGUAAAAAUAAAAUCUUUUAAAU